AUGUCAUCACAACCGGAGAUAUCAAAUACCGCAGCCACCACGAGUGGCGGCGGUAUAUCGGAGAAAAAGCCGGGCCUUGGCAAAGAAGUCAACGUCACGGCGGUGGAGGUGGACUCGACAUUAUCCAAAGCACAUGCCAGCAGCGGCGGCAGCAGCAGCAGCAGCAGUAGUAGUAGAAGCAGCACGCACGAAAAAAACAGCAGCAGCAGCAACAGCAUCCAAGACAGCGACAACGAGGACGUCAUCAUCAUCUCGGGCGAGGACGUGUCCAACCACCUGCUCCCGCUCCGGGACGACGGGGACGCGGCGCUGACGUUUCGCAGCAUAUUCCUGGCCACGUGCCUGGCGGCGUUUGAGAGCACGCUGUACCAGAUCUACCAGUUCAAGCCGACCGAGAUCGAGGUGUCGUCGCUCUUCAUCGUGCUCAUCGCGCACUUUGCCGGCACCGCCUGGGCCUCGCUGCUGCCCCGCGGCGACCGGCUCGAGGCCAGGUGGCGAGCCGGCAGGGGCAGCAGCAGCAGCAGCACCGGCGCUCCGCCGCUCUGGAUCCGCAUCGCGUCCGUCGUCAACCCCGGGCCCUGGGGCCUCAAGGAGCACGCCAUCUGCGCCAUCACCGCCGCGUCCUCGUCCAACGCGGCCGAGGCCAUCCUGGCCUUUACGGCGCAGGAUCUCUUCUACGACCUCGAGCUCAAGCCCGUGACCGUCGUGCUGUCCAUCAUCUCCAUCAGCCUGUUCGGCUACGGCAUCUGCGGCCUGAUCCGCCCCAUCGCCGUCUGGCACGUCGACGCCGUCUACUGGAGCAGCCUGCCCGUCGUCAAGACCGUGCAGAGCCUGCACUGGCAGGAGUUCAAGACCUCCAAGCCGCUGAGGGUCUUUUGGAUUGCCUUUGCCUGCAUGUUUGUCUAUGAGUUUCUGCCCGCCUACAUGUGGCCGUGGCUCAACUCGGUGUCUAUCCCAUGUCUGGCUGCCAUGCAUGCUACUGGCGAUCUCGGAGCCACCCUGACGAGGUUCUUUGGCGGGUCCAUCAACAAUGAGGGCCUUGGUUUGUUCUCGCUGUCUUUUGACUGGCAAUAUAUCACAUCUUACAACACAUCUCUUCCCCUCAUCACUCAGCUCCACACCGGCCUCGGCUUCGGCAUCUGCAUGAUCGGGAUGGUGGUCGUCUGGUACACCAAUGCCUUCAACGCCCAGUCUCAACCGUUCAUGAGCACGAGGCUUCACUCUGCCGACGGCUCCAUCUAUCCCAUCUCCCAGGUCUUUGAAGCCGGCCAGCUCGACCACGCCGCGCUGGAGAGGUUUGGUCUCCCGCAACUCUCGGGCACUUUUGUCUGGGGUUUGUUUAUGGCCAACGCUGCUAUUGGUGGCAUGAUUACCCACUGUGCCGUCUUUUACGCCAAAGACAUCAUCAACUCUUUCAAAAGCGCCAACAAUGAUGACUUUAAAGAUCGCCAUCACAACCACAUGAAGGCCAACUACAAAGAGGCGCCUUGGUGGUGGUUCGCCAUUGUCCUGUUUGUGAGCUUCAGCUUGGGGCUGAUAGUCGUCACGACACAGAAUAUUACGCUGCCUUGGUGGGCUUUCAUGAUAUCACUGCUGCUUGGGUGCAUAAUUGCGCCUCUGAGCACAAUGUUGUUCUCUCGUUUCGGCCUGGCUAUUGCUACCAACAACUUGUCCAAGAUGUUGGCAGGUUUAAUCAUUCCUGAGCGUCCAAUCGGCACAAUGUACUUUGCCGCGUGGAGUCACAGUGUAAUCAGCUCGUGCCAUUCUCUAUGCAACGAUCUAAAAAUUGGAGAGUACCUCAAAAUCCCACCCAGAGACAUGUUUCUCACCCAAGUAUACGGCACCAUCCUCGGAGGCUUCAUCAACUACGGCGUCAUGAGCUCCAUCGUCAAGACCAACCGCGACCUCCUGGUAAACAGCGACGGCAACAACUCGUGGAGCGGCGCCACCAUCCAGAGCUACAACACCAACGCCGCCACCUGGGCCCUGGCAAAGUACCUGUACGCUCCUGGCGGCGCCUACUCCAUCGUGCCGCUGGGCCUGGUUCUGGGCGUGGUGCUUGUCCUCAUCCACAGGGCAAUAGUUUACUUCGUCCCCAAGAUCAAAGGCUGGGACCUGGCCGAAAACAUCAACCUGCCGCAGCUGCUCACCUACUGCGGCGAGAUACCCAUCGGCGCCACGCAGACGUGCGUCAUCUUCAGCCAGAUCCUCGGCGGCCUGUUUGCCCAGUUUUAUCUGCGCAACUACAGGCCCCGCAUCUUCAAAAACUACUUUUACUCCACCGCGGGGGCCUUUGACGGCGCCGCGCUGUCGGCGCUGUUCCUGCUCUCCUUUGCCAUGUUUGGCGCUGCGGGGCCCGCCAUUCCCUUUCCAAAGUGGUGGGGGAAUCGCGCCGGGGAGAAUUAUGACUUUUGUCCCAAGGUCGAGUAG